AUGAAACCAAGAAUGAUAACAAUGAUAAUUGAUAUUGAAUAUGAUGACAUGGAUGUGUAUUUGUAUGAUGGAAAUGAAUAUGAAAGAAUUGAUAGAAUGAAAUAUUUAAAAGAAGAAGAAAAGAAAAUAAUUGAAGAAAUCAUUUCCAAUGAUAAGAAGAAUGUGAAAAUUAGAAAAGAAAAUAUUAAAGGAGUAGAAAUGAUGAUUAAACCAGAAAGUAAAUUAUCAAUGAUAUUCAAUAAUAUUAAGAAAGAAGUAGAAAAGAAAGGAGAAAAUGAAAGAACAAUCAUUUGUAUUCCUAAUGGAACAAGUCAAGGAAAUGAAAGAAGAAUAGAAAAUUCAACAAAACUAGGAAGAUUAAACAAUGUACAAAUCAUACGGAAAUAUCAUAUAAUUGAAAGAAUACUUUUAGAAGAAUAUAACAUAGAAACACCAAUUCUUAUCAUAGAAAAUACAGAAAUAACAUAUGGAAAUAUUAAAAAAGAAAAAGAUAAGAUAAAAAUAAGAAUAAUAAAUACUAUAAGAACAAACAAUACAACAGAAGAAAAUAAAGAAAUCAAUAAAAUAAUAACAGAAGAAAAAGAAGAGAAAGGGAUAAUAAUAAAUAAUAAAAUUAAAAAAGGAAAUAAAGAAGAAAACAAAAUAAACACAAAAAGAUGGAGAUAUAAAGAAAUCAACGAAGAAACAUAUAUUAAAACAAUAAUAGAAAUGAUAGAACAAGAAGAAGAAUAUUCAGAAUAUUCAUCAGAAAGAGAAAUGAUAAUAAAUAUCAAAAGAAUAAUAUACAAUAAUAAAAUCAAUAAAGGAAUAAUUGGAAAAAGAAGAAUAGGGCAUAAUUCAAUAAUGAUAACAUCAAAAUAUUUUAAUGAUAUUAAAGAUUUUAUUAAUUUAGAAAUAGGAAUUAAAAGAUUUCAAAGAAAUAUGGAACGAUUUCAUUUUAAUCCAAUUCCAUUAAAUGAAUAUUCAAGAAGAUUCUUUCCUAAUAUUGAAACAUUUCAUAUUUAUAAUAAAAAUGAUAAAACAUUUGAUGAUGGAAGAAUAUUUAAAACAAUAAUAUGGUAUACAGUAGAUUAUUCAACAUAUUUAUUCGAAAAAGAACAAGGAAAUAUCUGUAAAAAUAUAGAAUAUACACAAUAUGAUAGAAAUAAAUAUGGCAAUAUAAUACCACCAGAAGUUAAAUCACUUGGAUAUGAAUGUUUUUAUGAAUGUGAUUCAUUAAAAUCAGUUAAUAUUCCAACAACAAUUACAUCACUGGGAAAUUAUUGUUUCAGUAAACGUGAGUAUUUAACAGCGAUAAACAUUCCAACAUCAGUUAAAGAAAUAGGAAAUAAUUGUUUUUAUGAAUGCAAAUCAUUAACAUCAAUUAAUAUACCUCCAUCUGUUAGUGAAUUAAAAAAAGAAUGUUUUAGUGGUUGUGAGGCAUUAAGAACAAUUACUAUACCUACAUCAGUUAUUGAGUUAGGAAUAGGUUGUUUUAAAAGAUGUUCAUCGAUAAUGUCAAUUAAUAUACCAUCACCAGUUAGUAAAAUAGGAAAUGAGUGUUUUUAUAAUUGUAAUUCAUUAACAAAUAUUAUUAUACCUACAUCAGUUACUAAAUUAGGAGAUAUUUGUUUUGAGCAUUGUAUCUCAUUAAGUAAUAUUACUAUACCAACAUCAAUUGUAGAAAUAGAACGUGGUUGUUUUAGUUGGUGUUUAUCAUUAACAUCAAUUAAUAUACCAUCAUCAGUCAGUAAAAUAGGAGAUGAGUGUUUUAAAGGAUGUUCAUCAUUAACUUACAUAGAUAUUCCAACUUCUAUUACAUCAUUUGGUAAUAAUAUUUUUGAUGGAUGUAUUUCAUUAAGUAGUAUCAAUAAUCAAUUAACAACAAUUUCAUUAACCAAUUAUCAUUUCAAUGAAUAUAAACAGAUAACUAGUAUUACCAUUCCAACAACAAUUAGUAAAUUAGAAGCAAACCACUUUUCAGAAUAUCUUUUAUUAAAAGAAGUUAAAAUUCCAACAACAGUCACAUCAUUAGGAGAACAUUGUUUUUCUAAAUGUGCAUUAUUAGAAACAAUUAAUUUACCAACAACAAUAAGUGAAUUAAGCUGUAAUUGUUUUUAUAAAUGUGUGUCAUUAAAAUCAAUUAACAUACCAUCGUCAGUUAGUAAAUUAGGAUAUGAAUGUUUUGAUAGUUGUAUAUCAUUAACUGAUAUUAAUAUUCUAUCAAAUAUUAAAGAAAUUGAAAGUCUAUGUUUUUGUAGAUGUUAUUCAUUAAGUAAUAUUAUUAUACCUUCAUCAAUUAGUAAAUUAGGAGAUGGAUGUUUUUAUAAAUGUUCUUCAUUGGAAUACAUUAAUAUACCAACAACAAUUACAUCAGUAGGUAUUAAUUGUUUUUAUGGAUGUUCAAGAUUACCAUCUAUUACAAUUCCAUCAACAAUUAAUAAAAUGGGACAUUUAUGUUUUUACAAUUGUUUAUCAUUAACAUCCAUUAAUAUAGUUAAUAUAAAAUUCAUAAGUAAAGAUAGAAUAUUUAUUAAUGAACCAGCACUAGUUAGUAUUCAAAUACCAGAAAAUUUACAUAAGAUUAAUAAUAAUAAUAAAGUUUAUCAACAACAAGAUAUUAAUGAAUUUAUUAUUCCGUUAACAAUUAAUGAAUUAGAUGAUGAUUGUUUUUAUAAAUGUUUAUUGUUAACAACACUUCAUAUUCCAAGAACAGUUACUAAAAUAGGUGAUGAAUGUUUUAAAGAAUGUUCAUCAUUAAUAUCAAUUAACAUACCAUCAUCUGUUAGUAAAAUAGGAAAAUCAUGUUUUUAUGAAUGCAUAUCAUUAACAUCAUUUAACAUCCAAUCAUCAGUUAGUGAAAUACAAGAUGAAUGCUUUUACAACUGCACAUCAUUAACAUCAAUUAACAUACCCUCAUCAAUUACUAAAUUAGGAGAUGGUUGUUUUUAUGGUUGUUCAUCACUAACAUCUAUUAACUUACCAUCUUCAGUUAGUGAAAUAGGAAAUUAUUGUUUUUGUUAUUGUGACUCACUAACAACAAUUAAUUUAUCAUCAUCAAUUACUAAAUUAGGAAAUAGUUGUUUUUGUCAAUGUACAUCAUUAAAAUCAAUUAAUAUACCAUCAUCAGUUAAUGAAUUUGGAAAUAGUUGUUUUUAUAAAUGUAUAUCAUUACAAUCAAUUAAUAUACCAUCUUCAGUUAGUAAAAUAGAUGAUGGUUGCUUUAGUGAAUGUACUUCAUUAACUAAUAUCAAUAUACCAACAUCAAUUACAUCAUUUGGGACAUCUUGUUUCUUUAACUGUGGUUGUGAUGAAGAAUUAAAAUAUAAUACGAGAAUUCCAAGAGAAUGUUUUGAGAAAGAAGAUUAG